UCUCUAUCUCUUUAUUUCUCCGACACUUUCAAAAAAAAAUAAAAAUAAAAUAUAUAUUUUUAUGUUUCUUUCCCCUCUUCUCCUCCAAAAUCAUCUUCUCCUCUUCCAAAAUUAAUCCAAACAUGGUGAAUUUGCAAAGAAAUAAGCGCGUGGAAUACAAGUACAUACAAGUGGGGAGGGAGAAGAUAGAGAACAGUAGUGUAGUAGUGUAAAAGAGAAGAGUUAGAGGGGUAUGAGCUGUGUAAUACAAGUACUGGACCCCACCACCCAUGUGCCUUCUUCCUGUCUCCACCACUUCCUGUUUCCAAACUCAAUCAUUACAUUACUCACUCCCUCCUCCUCCUUCCUCCUCCUCUAAACAAUCAAAAAACCCAAACCAAAACCCUUUCAUUCACAAUAUUAAAUUCAAAAAAACCCCAAACCCCAAAUUUAUUUCACAUGUCUAACUCCAAGGAAACAUCUAACGCCGUCACAACAGACCCAGAACUCACAAACCAAACCGCCAUAACCGUUAAAAAACCACCGUCAAAAGACCGUCACAGCAAAGUUGACGGACGCGGUCGAAGAAUACGCAUGCCAAUAAUAUGCGCCGCACGUGUCUUCCAGUUAACACGUGAGCUCGGUCAUAAAUCCGACGGUCAAACCAUCGAAUGGCUUCUCCGUCAAGCCGAGCCCUCCAUCAUCGCCGCCACUGGUACCGGAACUACUCCCGCUUCUUUCUCUUCUCUCUCCGAGCAUAAACCGUUUCUCUCUCCUUCUCCCUUCAUUCUCGGUAAACGGUUACGUUCCGACCACGACGAUGUUUCGAUUGCGGCUCCUACUGCUCCUCCUGCUUUAUGGAGGCCGGAUUUCGCUCAGCUUUGGAGUUUCGCUGCGGCGGCUCAACCUCCGCCGGAUGUUCUUUCCAUUUCUCCCAAUCAGCAUCAGCAUAGUUCGCUGUUCCAUCAUCAGCAGCAACAGCAACAACAGCAGCAACAUCAACAACAAGGUUCUAUGGGAGAAGCUUCCGCGGCGAGGCUAGGGAAUUAUCUUCCCGGACAUCUGAAUUUGCUGGCUUCAUUGUCAGGUGGUAAUGGAAACUCCGGCCGGGGAGACGAUGAGGAUCGUUGAUUGGAGAAAAAUUACUCUGGUUUUCACUGUUCACGUUCUUACUAUAUAUUUAUAGCUAUGUAUUAAUUAUGGUGUCUGUGUGUGGUUAAUUUUAUAGCUACGUUUAUUCUUAGUCAAAUUUUAGGGUUAGGUUUAUGUUAAUUUUGGAGUGGAGAAGUCCUUGAAUUGAGGAAUUCAGUUAGAAUUAGGGUUUUCCUAGGUGGGAAAACUGAUUAGGUUUUUAGAAGAUGAUGAAAUAUAUGUUUAGAUUAUUGAGGUUUCUGUUGGAAAAGGGAAAUGGAAGCAUGGAUUAGUGUGAUAUGCAUAUUUGCAAUGCUUGAAGUUGAGUGAAGAUCAAACAUGCUGCUUCUGUUUCUCUUUCAUGAAUUUCAUGCUUCUGGGUCGCCAAUUGAGCAUUAUUGAAGAGAUUGGGGGUCCAUUUGAAGCGUCCAUGGUAGGAAUUUGGCAUAGCUUCUGGUGAACUGUGCCUUACUUUUGUUUGAGAAAGGACUAGUACCUGUAAAACAUGGGGACUGGUUCCACUCUGUAAAACCUCUGUUUUUGAGAUUUUUAUUUAUCAGCAAUUCUUAUCCAUUUGUUAGAUUGAUCAGUGUGAGACUGAGAAUAAUGUGUUUUCUUCUAUGUAACUUGAUUGUUGUGGGGUGUUAGUGAAGUGAAUAAAAACCCAUUUCUUUCUUUCUA